CCAAUCUCUUCCCGUGUCACCGGCUGCCUCCUUCCGGGUAGACAGAGCCGAAGUGCACUAUGGAGAGGGGCUGAUAAAAGCCGAGAGCAAAGCACAGGACUCCAUGGCUGCUACACAGGCACGAUCUUAGACUGACUCUUUAAAAUGGGAGAUGCUGCAAAGCGAGUCAAAAACAGGGGUUUCAUGGAUGAAGAGGAUUUUAAAAGAAGUCCUGGCAAGCAGUCCUAUUUGGCUCAUGAUGGUCAUGGGAAUAAUCUAGGAAGGAAGCUAGAUACUCAAAAGUCUAAACCUAUUCCUUACAGCACCAGUCCCCGGAAUGGGAGUUCUCAGAACAUGUUUAAAAAUUUCAGCCCAGGAGGGCGAGCAGGUACUAAUUAUAAAGAUGAAGGUAAAAGGUGGUCAGCGGAAGAGCAGAGAGGUUACAAUAACUGGCGGGAAAGACGACCACAGGCUUUUAACAGAACAAGGAAUGAUUCAACAGGUGAAAGAGGUGAAGGCUUUAGGUGGCAGGAGGCUGGGGAGCGACAAAACCAGUUGGGGAGAUCUCCGCUACAGAAAGGUGCCUUUCCUGAAGAUGCUUCUGAUCACACUGGCAUUUCUGCAGCACAAAAUAAACAAAAGCGUGACCGACGUCGCUACAAGUCUGAACAGGACGAGGAUGACUGCUUAGAAAGCCCAGUCAUAGAUGAGUCAACAUUGUCUGAAAAGGAGCUUCUAGGACUCCAGCAAGCAGAAGAACGCUUAAAGCGAGACUGUAUUUACAGACUGAGACGGCGACCUCGAAGGUAUCCCACAGCGAUUUAUUGUUGUAAACUUUGUGAUACCCUUGUUGAUUCUGUAUCUUCUGCACACAAACACAUAAAAGAGAAGAGGCACAAGAGGAGUUUGAAGGAAAAAAAGGAAGAGGAAUUACUGACCACUCUGCCACCACCAAUUGAAUCGCAGCUGCAAGCAAUUGGAAUAGCGAUUGGUAAAGUGGUUCAGGAGCAUGGCCUGGAUGAAGAAGACUUGGUAGAAAGGCUAUCCACUGUGUCUGCAAUGGAAGCACUUAUUCAGGAGAAUCUUCCAGGCUGCUCUCUUAGGCUGUAUGGAUCCUCCUGCAGCAGGAUGGGAUUCAAAAAUUCAGAUCUGAACAUAGAUAUUCAGUUUCCUGCCAGUAUGAAUCAGCCAGAUGUCCUCCUAUUGGUUCAAGAUAGCCUGAAACAAAGUGAUUUGUUCGUAGACUUUGAUGCCGACUUCCAUGCAAGAGUGCCUGUUGUGGUUUGUGCAGAAAAGAGGAGUGGUCGUCUUUGUAAAGUAAGUGCAGGCAAUGAAAAUGCUUGUCUCACCACCAACCUGCUCACUACUUUGGGUUUUUUGGAAUCAAGGCUCAUACCUCUGGUUGUGGCUUUUAGAUACUGGGCAAAGCUCUGUGGCAUAGACAGACCGGAAGAAGGGGGUUUGCCGCCAUAUGUACUUGCUCUCAUGGUUGUGUUCUUCCUUCAACAAAGAAAAGAGUCUGUUCUACCUGUGUAUUUGGGAUCCUGGAUCGAAAGCUUUUCCGUGUCCAAAUUGGGUCAGUUUAGCUUGGGUGAACUUGACAAUGAGUUUGUGAAUUGGAUACAGACUGCUGCUGGAGAUGGCGAGAGUCUCCUAAAUGAGCAAUGCCAGUUAAAAGGAAAAGUUCCAGUCAUCUUUCCUGUCGAACAAUGUUCUGCCUCUGUUGGUCAGCUGUGGGUUGACCUGUUAAGAUUUUAUGCUUUGGAGUUCAAUAUGGGUGACUUUGUCAUCAGUGUUCGUGUUAAGGAGAAAAUAUCUAGGGAACUGAAAGACUGGCCCAAAAAACGUAUUGCUGUGGAAGAUCCAUACUCUGUUAAGAGGAAUGUUGCAAGAUCCUUGAACAGUCAAAUAGUGUUUGAGUUCAUGCUUCACUGUUUGAAGGCUACAUACAAAUAUUUUGCCAUGCCACAAAAUAAGUCUAAGAAACUCACAAAGAAGAAGCCCACCAAUUCCACUUUAAAAGGCAUACAAAGGAAGACUGAUGGUGAAAGUGAACCACAAUCCAACCCUGUUCUUGAUGCAAGUCAAAAACUGGAGCGUUUGGCUAUAGACAACACAUUGAACGCUUCUUCAGUUGACAUAAACCAUAAAGCAGUAAAUAAAAAGCUAGUGUUUGACACACUUCCUGAUCUUGCUAUUGAAGAUUAUUGUAGAACAGAAGAAACUCUGGCAAACCCUAAAUAUGCCAUCAAGAGCUGUGAAGAGCUAGAUGGUGCUCGUGAAGGGUCUGAUGGUGACCACCCUGUACCAAAGAAAGAGAGACAAAGUGAUUACAUAUUGAUUGGCCAUGGCUUUGAUGAUGAUUGUGAGAGCGGUGAGGCUCAUGUGGCAGGAAAUGAAGAAACGGACAGCCUUUCUGACUUUGAAGGGGGAGCUGAAGGUCAUGACUUUAGUUUGGAGAGUACCAACAUGUAUGCUGGAAAGGUGGACUUGGAUGAAGAAAGCACAGAGGGAACUGAUGAACUAGAGGAGAUUGCACAUGAUUUUGAGGCCCAAAGGUUUGAUCUGGCAGAUGCGAAUAAUUCCGAUGAGGAUGACGACGAUGAUGAGGAAAAUAGCUUGCUUUUAAAUCGCAGAGAGCAUUUGGAUAGUCUUACAGCAGAUGAAGAGCUGGAGAAUACAUAUACUGGUUCAGCAGAUGAUUUGUUGUCUGAAGAUGACCAGCAGACAGAACCUGUGUCUAAGAUUUUACAAGACCAUGAAAAAGGCAAUACAGAACUUCGUGAUACUUUAGAAGAUGAGGAUCCCAAGCAAUUAGCCACUGAAAGCUGCGGCACUGAGGAUGCUGUUCUAUUUUAUGAAUUUAACAAGCCUACUUUCACCAGAGGCAAGCUGCCUACGGUCGUGUGCAACUUGUGUAAGAAAGAGGGACAUCUUAAAAAAGAUUGCCCAGAAGACUUUAAAAAAAUUGAACUGGAACCCUUGCCACCUUUAACAGCCAAGUUUUCCCAAAUUUUGGAUCAAGUUUGUAUGCAGUGUUACACGGAUUUUUCUCCAUCGGCACUAGAGGGUAAAGCCAGGGAACAUAUACGGCAGGAUCUGGAAGAUUUUAUAAGACGUGAUUUUCAUGGAGCAAGACUUAACUUGUUUGGUUCCUCAAAAAAUGGCUUUGGGUUUAUAGAAAGUGACUUGGAUAUUUGCCUGACAUUUGAUGGUCUUGAAACAGCUGAGGGUCUGGAUUCGAUACGAACAAUUGAAGAAUUGGCAAGACAUCUUCGAAAACAUCAAGGGCUGAGGAAUAUCCUUCCUAUUACCACAGCAAAAGUGCCAAUUGUAAAAUUCUACCAUGUAAGAAGUGGCCUUGAAGGAGACAUCAGUUUAUAUAACACGCUGGCUCUUCAUAACACUAGGCUUUUGGCAUCUUAUGCUGCUAUAGAUCCUAGAGUAAAAUACCUUUGUUACAUCAUGAAGGUGUUCACUAAGGUGUGUGACAUUGGAGAUGCUUCCAGAGGCAGUCUGUCUUCAUAUGCGUAUACUCUUAUGGUGCUAUACUUCCUUCAACAGAGGGAUCCACCUGUUAUCCCUGUUCUCCAAGAGAUUUACUUGGAUUCCCAUAAGCCUGAAAAACUUGUUGAUGGCUGGAAUGUUUACUUCUUUGACAAAUUGGAUGAGUUGGCAAAGUACUGGCCAGAUUAUGGAAAAAAUAAGGAGUCUCCUGGUGAACUGUGGCUGGGCCUUCUUCGUUUUUAUACUGAAGAUUUUGAUUUUAAAGAACAUGUCAUUUCUAUCAGAAGAAAAAGCUUGCUAACAACUUUUAAAAAGCAGUGGACUUCCAAAUACAUAGUCAUUGAAGAUCCUUUUGACCUAAAUCACAAUCUGGGUGCUGGAUUGUCACGAAAGAUGACUAAUUUUAUAAUGAAAGGUUUUAUCAAUGGAAGGCGGUUAUUUGGCACCCCAAUGAAAAUUUUUCCAAAAGAAUAUCGCUCUACAGUGGAGUAUUUCUUUGAUUCAGAUGUACUGACUGAAGGUGAACUUGCUCCCAAUGACAGAUGUUGUAGAAUCUGUGGCAAAAUUGGACACUUUAUGAAAGACUGCCCUAUGAGAAGAAAAGUUAGAAGGCGUAAUCCUGAAAAUGCUGCAAACCAAAGAUACCAAGACAAGAGGCCGCAAAGAAUUGAGGACAAGGAAAUGAGUAUGCAGGGAGGUGGUGUGAGCAUAGAUGGAAGAGAGCUACAUACAACUCCACGAAAAGCACAAGGACCAUGGGGCAACAAUGAGCCUGGCAAAGAUAGGACACCACCUAGAUCUGGCUCUGAAAAGUGGAGAAGACAAGACGACCGAGAGCCUAGGGAAAAACGCUGUUUCAUUUGUGGACGGGAGGGCCACAUCAAGAAAGAAUGCCCUCAGUAUAAAGGGGCAGCAGGGAGCCCCAAGUCUGAUAUCUUGUAUGGAUCACCAUCUGCAGCCAGUCCUCAGAAACCACAGACACGAUUUAUCCCGGUAGUACCAUCACAAGAUGAUAGGAAAAAACAAAAAAUGUCUCUCACUCCUCAGUUAGGCAGCCUUUUGAAUAAAUACGUUUCUCAGGGAAAAGCCUCUCAGAAGAGGACACAACAAGAAUAAAGGUGAUGGCACACUGCCACAGAUGGGGAUUUAAGCCGUCCAGGUGUAUGCCUUCUACUUGGAAUGAAGUUUACGUCAAGAUCAACUCUAGUCAUCAUGAAACGGCAGCAAUGAAAUAACAUUGGACACAAAAAAAAUGGUUACUUUAUUUUAACCUCAGUAUGACAAAGAUAAAAUGUAAUAGCGUGUUUUAAUUCUCUUAUUACGGGCACCUUUUUUCUUAAUUUAUUUUUAAUAUUUUAACUGACUGUCACAGUUGAACAGUUGCGCUAUUCUGUAUAGAACGAUGGUGCCCAUUUCCGCCCAUGCCAUUUUAAUUGCAGUGCAGCGCUACAUAUCCUAUAUAUGGCUUACCAAUUGACUGAAAUUCCUCAUUUUCUUUACAGAAAAGAAAUAUUUUUGAAAAGUGAAUAUUUAUUGUGUCAGGAAUUGUGUAAAACUGUUUAAAACAUUUGUGGACAGCUGCUGUAAUUACAAACAUGAUUUUAUUAUAAUUACUGUGGAUAGCAUAAAUGAGGCAUCUUUUUAUGUAAAUACCUCAUUGCAUGUAAUGUUUGUAUUUUUGCUUAACCUUUAUUCGGUUUUCAGAAGUUUCCUUUAUCAGUCGUCAUGCAAAACAUCUCAGUCCAGUGUUUUUUUUUUUUUUUUUUUUUUUAAGUGGAUUCUUCUCAUUUUGCUUUUUAGAAUAUGUAAAGGUGUUUUUAAAUCAAAAAAAAUUCAUGAGGGUGUGUUAUGUUUUUAGUUUUUUAAUACUUUGUGUUUUUAAGUCCUGUAUUCUGCUGUAAGGUUUCAGAAUGCUGUACACUCAUCCCUGGAUUGGGACUUGUUCUACAUUUUAUAUAGCCCAAAGUACAUAAGACAGUUGUAAAGUAAUUUUGAAUGGCAAAUGCAGCUUAGCCAUGGUGCAGUAUAUAUUUCAACUAUUUUUGUGAUAUCCUAUGUUUGGAGCAUCAUAACCACGUGUACGUCAUGUUGUCUAGACAUUAAAAGUUGAUCUUCA